AGCCAGAGACAGACUCGACACCACCCGAGCAUCACGGAUCCCGCGGGCUGUGAGAAAAUAUCAGUUGAUCCCAUCUUGAACCGGCUGGAGGCUCAGAGGACGACGUGUUGACAACUUCCAGGCAAAACAGUUUCUGACAUGCACUUUGAUAAAUCGCCAAAGGAGAAGCCGUGUUGCACUCUGCCCACAGUGAAGAAACUCUUGGAGGAGAAGAGGAGGCGUGAGACGUCAUCUGUGUUGCCUUCCUGUUCUACAGUGAGCACAAGUCCUGUUCCUCCAAACACUGUGACUCAGUUGUCCUCGUCUGACGUAUUUACCUGUACAGGUGCGUCAAGAAGCUACUCAGACAUGGCCGUGAGCUGUGAGCAGUGGACGGCAGCACCAGAGCCAACACUCGGCUACUAUCCCAGCUACCCGGAGCCCGGCUAUGCUGCAGCCUACAGCCUCCCAGUGUCGUCCGAGUAUGGGACACAGCAGCAGCUCCCAGUCUCUGGGGACACAAUGUCUCAGACAUAUGACUGCCCGAUGUCAGCCGCAGGUCCCGGCUCGGCCUCGCCGUGGUCACUUCUGGGUCUGAAUCAGACGAAACAGAUGUGUUUCGGUUUGUCGAUGGAUGCCACCAAACUGGAGGAGGCCAGGAUGCAGCUCAGCGGGAUGGAUUACAGCCGGGCCACCGGGCAGGACGAAGACGGAGACACCAUCCUGCACAUCUACUCUGCCAAGGGACACAGGGAGUGGGCUUUUGCUGCUGCAGAGAGGCUGAGGGAUGUAGGGAGGCUUGAUGCCAAGGAGCACAAGGGGAAGACUGCUCUACUGGUGGCGGUGACAGCAAACCAGCCGGAGAUCGCACAAGACCUGCUGUCAUUAGGAACAGACAUCAAUGCUUGUGACGUCAAAGGACAAACUGCCCUUCAUCUGGCCGUCCACUACGGUUUCCCCGGGGUUCUGCAGGCAGUUCUGUCGAGCAGACCUGCCGUCAACCUGGAGGCGCGCAACUUUGAAGGUAUGACUCCUCUGCACUGUGCAGCCAUUUCGCACGGUGCCACCAUGAAGGCUUUUUCAACCAGCGGGCUGACGGAUGUGAGUCUUCAAACCAAGGCGGCGGAGAAGCUCUCCUGUGUGCAGAUGCUGCUCACAGCAGGAGCGUCCCUGUGCAGCCAGGAAAUCAAAAGCAACAAGACUGUGCUGCACUUGGCUGUAAAGGAGGGGAACAUUGACCUGGUGCGCUAUCUACUGAGGAUUGCCCUGGCGAACAUGAAAGACUUUGUCAACAUGAAAGCUCAUGGUCACACCGCUUUACACAUGGCAGCCGGUCUCCAUGGUAACCCCCACCAGGAGGAGAUCCUGCGGCUGCUGCUGAGCAGAGGAGGUGAUCCCAGCAUCCGCAACCUGGAGAACGACCAGCCGGCUCACCUGCUGCAGAGCGGCCCCCAGGGAGAGCAGCUCAAGCUGAUGCUGAAGAAACGCAGCGCUUCCUCUCGUCGACGUUACGUGUCCUUGCAGGACCAGGAAUGAUUUGAAUCACUUCGUAAUCCUCAUUUGGAGGGAAGGAGUCUCUGAGAUGUUUCCUCUGUUGAGAAGGGGAUAUAAACGGUUUAUUGUUGUGAGGUUCUGGGAGUCUCUGGCCUAUAUAUAUUGUUAGCAGACCAGUUUGGCAAAUUAACCCCUAGAUAUGAUUCACAUUGGAUUUGACAAAUGAUGCUUUAAUGCAUAAAGCUUAAAUUUUUUCUGUGAUUUAGUGUCUGUAAACAUGUUGUCCUUUAUUUAUUCCACGCACGGGCUCAAUUAUUCAAAUGUAGGUGAAGCGUUUCAUUCCAAAAAUGUGAUAUUGUUGUUGUACUGCUGAUGACAAAUUGUGUUAAAAAUUCUGACGAAUGAGACAAUACGAUUUAACUAUUUAUUUUUGUUGUAACAGUGCUGUGGAAAAUUGAGUGAUAUUAAUUUUCUGCUUUGGCAAGACAUUCCCAGUUUUAUGUUGAUUUCUAUGAAAUCGUUGGUAUGGACCCCGGGACAAUGUCCCUGAAACCCCUCUGACUCUCUUGUCAAAACCCCCCCAUCGUGAUAAGUUAUCAUAUUGAUACACGGAGUGAUGGUUUUGCUUUCAGUCAGCAUGUGUGCUUAUGUUAAGAAUGCGUGUUUAAAAUGAGAGUAAUCAAAUAAUUUAACGUCCUGUUCGUAUGUGUCAUACUUAAUGUGUACAACCUCUGGUAUCGUUUUCUUCAUGGAAAAAAACAGAAAGACUUUACUGUGUAAAACUGUUAUGUAUUUGAGACCGAAUGAAUAACGAAAGUUCUUUCUAAUCACAAAGACAUUACAUGAGUAAGUGCGGUGACAAAUUGUCUGUACAUUUUAGUCAUGAGUCAUGGAUAUAAAUAUGAUAACACUGCAUUGAAAGUUCCAUCUGAUUGUUUUGAUGUUCAGGGCACAACUUCAUCAGUCCCAUUCACACCUGGCUACAGAAAUAAGCAGGAUGGAAAAUCCACCAUCGCACCAGAGACCUCUGUCUAUACUCAGUUAUCUACAAUCUUCUGUGGCCUUCAUUGGCAUGAUAAUGUACAUUAGUCACAAGUGAAAUUAAGUUUGCCUGUGACUGUCAUUUGAGUGAUUCAUAAGGUCUGAGCUCUUUCUCUCUCAUGUGUCAUCUGUUAUGUUGAGAAUUUCUGUGAAACAGAAAAAAAGUGUCAUUAAUAAAAAUAAUGAUCAUAA